CGUGCCGGACUACAAGUCCCAGAGGGCAGCGCGGCCGGCAGGGAGAAGGGAGAGCGGAGCCGAGAUGAACGCGGUGCUGGCGGUGAAGCAGUACGUGUCCAGAAUGAUCGAGGACAGCGGCCCCGGUAUGAAGGUGCUGCUCAUGGACCGGGAGACGACCGGCAUCGUCAGCAUGGUGUACACGCAGUCGGAGAUCCUGCAGAAGGAGGUUUACCUCUUCGAGCGCCUCGACUCGCCCAACAGGGAGGCCAUGAAGCACCUGAAGGCCAUCUGCUUCCUCCGGCCCACCAAGGAGAACGUGGAGUUGCUCAUCCAGGAGCUGCGGAGGCCCAAGUACAGCAUCUAUUUCAUCUAUUUCAGUAACGUGAUCAGUAAGAGCGAUGUGAAGCUGUUGGCUGAGGCUGAUGAGCAGGAAGUUGUGGCUGAAGUUCAGGAGUUCUACGGCGAUUACAUUGCAGUGAAUCCGCACGUUUUCUCCCUCAACCUCCUGGGCUGCUGCCAGGGCCGCAGCUGGGAUCCGGCUCAGCUCUCCAGGACAACGCAAGGACUGACUGCUCUGCUUUUGUCCCUCAAGAAAUGCCCCAUGAUUCGGUACCAGCUCUCUUCCGAGCCAGCAAAGAGGUUGGCUGAAUGUGUGAAGCAAGUCAUCACUAAAGAGUACGAGCUGUUCGACUUCCGCCGCACUGAGGUUCCUCCGCUGCUGCUCAUUCUGGACCGCUCUGACGAUGCCAUCACCCCACUCCUGAACCAGUGGACCUACCAGGCGAUGGUUCACGAGCUGCUGGGGAUUAACAACAACCGCAUCGACCUCUCCCGCGUCCCGGGGAUAAGCAAGGAUCUCCGAGAGGUUGUCCUGUCGGCUGAGAACGACGAGUUCUACGCCAACAACAUGUACCUGAACUUUGCAGAGAUCGGCAGUAACAUCAAGAACCUCAUGGAGGAUUUCCAGAGGAGGAAACCGAAGGAGCAGCAGAAGCUGGAAUCCAUCGCAGAUAUGAAGGCCUUUGUGGAGAAUUACCCGCAGUUCAAGAAGAUGUCCGGCACGGUAUCCAAGCACGUGACCGUAGUGGGAGAGCUCUCGCGGCUGGUGGCAGAGCGGAACCUGCUGGAGGUGUCGGAAGUGGAGCAGGAGUUGGCCUGCCAGAACGACCAUUCCAAUGCUCUGCAGAACGUGCGCCGCCUCCUGCAGAACCCCAAGGUGACGGAGCUGGACGCCGCCCGGCUGGUGAUGCUCUACGCCCUCCACUACGAGCGCCACAGCAGCAGCGGUCUGCCCGGGCUGCUCGCAGACCUCCGGAACCGCGGAGUGGCCGAGAAAUACCGCAAGCUGGUGGCCGCCGUCGUGGAGUACGGAGGGAAGCGGGUCCGGGGCAGUGACCUGUUCAGUCCCAAGGAUGCCGUGGCCAUCACCAAACAGUUCCUCAAAGGGCUGAAGGGCGUGGAGAACGUCUACACGCAGCACCAGCCUCUCCUGCAAGAAACGCUGGAUCAGCUCAUCAAAGGGAAGCUCAAGGACAGCCAGUUCCCGUACCUGGGUCCCAACACGCUGCGCGAUAGGCCCCAAGAUAUCAUCGUGUUCCUCAUCGGAGGGGCGACGUACGAAGAGGCGUUGACCGUCUACAACCUGAACCGCACUAACCCGGGCGUCCGGAUUGUCCUGGGGGGCACCACCAUCCACAACACCAAAAGCUUCCUGGAGGAAGUCACCGCGUCGGGGUUCCGCGGCCGGAGCGCCGAGAGCUCUCACCUUGCGCCGAGGUCAAGCAGCAGGCGGUGAAUCCAGGAGAAAUCACCGUCUUGCCCAUCCGGAGCUUUCCGAGACGGAUUGAACGGCUUUGGAGCAGAACUGACCCUUCUCGCUUUCCCGUUCCGCGCCCGGAGCACCGAUGGGUGAUGUCGGAUCAGGACAUGCCCAGAACCGCAGCGUCCUCGGCGCCUUCGCACGCUCGGAUCGGGGCGGAAACCGCGAUCGUCGCCGGGAGAGAGCGAGGAAAAAGGUUCCUGGAGCCGCGCAGAGCUCCGCUCGGAGCUGCUUUAUCCGUGUGAGUCCCCUGACGAGCGCUUAACGAUCUCCAACCUCCGCGUGCGGCCCUGGAAUGGGGAGCGCUGCGUUCCCGACGCCCUUCGCUCCACUCCAUGUAUUUAGAGUCCCAUUAAAUAACUCGUUUUGACGGAAUCUCGCAUCUAUCGAACGAUUCCUGAUGGCCCUUCGCGAUGCCGCGGAGGUAUCAGUACUGUCUUAAUCUUCUUUAUUAACUAUUUACCGUAACAAUCCAACCCAAAUCCAUAUCCCGCGUUUUUCUCCCGUGUUCCGAACUAGGAGAGCGCUGAGGUUUCUUUUUAAUAUUCAACAAUAAACCCAACGGCAAUAAAACACCUGGAAUUCAAAAGGAAACGAGAGAAUUGGGAUGGUGAAACCAACCUGGGAUC